AUGACAGGUAGUCGGCGCAACUGCCCCGCGAACCGCCGACACGCCGGGCACGGACCACCCCAUCGGCAUUUCCCCGGGGUGCCCGUCAAUCCUCUCGAGUAUCGCAGCAGCAGUUCGCCGCAAACCUCCGCCCCAACCCGCAGCGUCAAGCCCCGCCGCCCAAAGCCCAUCAUCAUGGCGAAGAAACAGAAAUCCCGCACCAUCGCCGUCCGCCUCAUCUCCAUGGCCAUGACGGGCUACUACAAGACGUUCGUGCGCCCGCGCCAGCACCGCCCGCUGAGCAUGCUCAAGUACGACCCAGUCGUGCGGAAGCAAGUCCUCUUCCUCGAGCAGAAGCGCGGAAAAUGA